AUGGCAAGGGCUCAACAUAGGAUGAAGAUGUUCGCUGAUAAAAAGAGGACAGAGAGGAGAUUUGACAUUGGAACGCGUCAUUAUGUCCCUCAAGAUGAAGUCGUUGUCUAUCAGUCCAAAGGUGCUCUGUUGAAAAAGGAGUUAAUAGCAUUGCAGGAGGUGCCUCCUGGUUAUGAUCCAGUUAUUGAUUCAAAACCAAAGACUAAGUCCGCUAAAAGAAAUGAAAGAAAGAAAGAGAAGCGGCUACAGGCUGCUCUUGAAAAGGGCAAGAACUUGGAAGCCACAAUAGAUGGGGAGACAAAUAAGGAAGAAGUGGAACUUGCUGAAAAUAUAAGUCAUGGAUUGGAAUCUGCCAAUUCAUUGACAUCUCAGAUGAAUCAACUGUGUGUUUCCACAAAUGCAGUUUCAGUGUUCCCUCCAUCAGACCCAAAGGAUGCUGCGGAUGCAGUAGCUGUGAGUCAAGAUGUUGAUAAAAGAAUUCGUGCACUUAAAAAGAAGAUCCGUCUUGCAGAAGCUCAACAACAAAAGACUGGACAGCAGGAAAUGAAUCCGGAGCAGCUAGAGAAGUUGUCGAAACUUGAAGGUUGGACGGAGGAGCUGAAGCUUUUGGAGGAUAGAAAGGAGGUGGCAUCAUCAUGAUUACGGAUUGUGUUCUUUAAAUUUGUGUAGCCUUGGUUUAUAGUUUGCUUGGUGAUGUGAACUCUUUGAUUGUGUGAAUUGAUGUUUCAUCUAUCAAGAUUUGAUUCAA